AUGGCUCGAUUAAUAGUACCCCAAAGACUCAGUAAUGUACAAUCAUCUAUCGAUGCUACACUACCAAUGACAUGUACUAUUGAAAGUUCAUAUGUUGUCGAUGGACAUGGGGAAUAUUCUAUUCGAGUCACACGUAUGUCAAAUGAUCCAUUAACAUCAUGGAUUAUAACAAAACGUUAUCGAGAAUUUGUUGAUCUGAAUAAUAUAUUAAAAGAUUGUGGGUUUGAUUUUGAAUUACCAAAGAAAAAAUUUCUUGGUAAUACUGAUCAAAUAUUUAUGUCUGAAAGACAAAAAGGUCUUCAAGCAUAUCUUAAUAAACUUGUUGAACAUGUAGAACUUUGUAAUUCAUUAAUUGUCCAUCGUUUUCUUGAUCCACAUAAUCAUAGAACUAAUUAUCCUGAAUCAGCAUUACAACAUGUGUCGAUGUUUAUCCGUUCAAUGAAUAAUACAUAUCAAAUAAUCGAACCUCUAUUCCAUUUUGGAUGGCGUUAUGAUAAAAAUUAUUUUCUUGCAUCAAAAAUCGGAAGUCCAAAAGAUGAACGUUAUUUAGUAAUAUGGUGUCACUAUGGUUUAGAUAAAGCACUUGUAGAAAAAGAUAUUUCAAAUUGUUUACGAUUAAUUAAAUCAAUUACACAUCCAUUGAUUAUUCCAAUUGAAGAUUUUUAUGCAAAUGAAAGUGGCACAUUAACAGUUUGUCGAUUUUAUAAUAGAGGCUCAUUGAAAGAUUACAUUCAUCGCACGAAACCAGCUAAUGGUAUUUAUUGGAAACGAUAUGGUCCAAUAUCAGCAAAACGACGAUGUGAUUUAAAUCAAAUAAAAACAAUAGGUCGUCAAAUUUUAGAAGGACUUUAUUUUCUUUAUGAAAACAAUCUUGUUUAUGGUCAUUUACAUUCAGGAAAUAUUUUAAUUGAUUUUGAAGAAUCUCAAACAAUAAAAUUUCUCGAUUUAACUAAUGUUAUUACAGGUGUAUCAUCAAAAUAUCGAUAUUAUUUAUCUAAUCUUAAACAUAUUCAUACCUUUGAACAAUGUGAUAUUUAUUCGUUUGGACGUUUAUUAUAUGAAUUAUCAACCGGUGAAGAAUGUCCAUCAAGUUUAUGUACAGAAUUUCCCCAUGUAGUUCCAGUACCUGUUCAACAGAUACUUUCAAAAAUCUUUAUUUCAUCAGGAGAUUUACCAACGAUAGGACAACUUUUAAAUGAACCUUUCUUUCAAGCAACAAUUUCAAAUGGUUUGGAACGUUUUCAGAUGAGAUUAAAUCCUAAAGUAAAAGAAAUAUUCGAAUUAAUUAAUCAAAAAGCUCAAGAACGAUUAGAAGAUGAUCGAAUUAAAAUUAAAAAUGCUCAACGUCAUUCAAAAAUUGCUAAUCAUCUUAUGUCAGAUGAAGAAAAACUGAAACGUCGUCGCGAAAGACAAGCAAAAAAACAGAUGGAAAAUAGUUUAAAUUCUCUAAAUAUAUCAAAAAAUCUUCAACAAUCAAUUACUAUUGAUCCAUUACCAACAGUGAAAUCUACAUUAUCGAAUGAUACUGCUGAUACGUCUAGGGUUGUUUCUCAACCAGCAACACCAUUACUACCUCCGCCACCGCCAUCAUCACCAUUGGUAACUGUCAAUGAUGAUCGAAAUGAAUUAUUAAGUUCGAUUGCAGAUUUUACAUUUUCGAAAUUAAAAAAAACUAAAACAAAUGAUCGUAGUGCACCGAAAAUAAACUAA